UCGCGUUGCAGUUCUUGUUUAAGGGUGAACAAAAGUUGUAACAAUGUUUAAGGAUGAACAAAAGUUGUAACAAUGUCGUUGUAACAAUGUCGUUGUUUCCGUCCCUGUAGUGUGCGUCUGCCCUGUGCUUCUGCUUUCACCGUCUCCUGCACGUGCAGAACAACGUUAACUUGUUGCCUGGUCACCUGCUACACGAACACGAUGCCGGAAGGUGAUGCUUUGAUGGAGGAUGGGGAUUUGAUACCAAGACCGAAGUUGGGAGAGCGUUUGUUCGGGACUGUCCAACGACUGGGCUGGAGGAAGGACCCGUCGGAUCCGGAGAAGAAGACGAAGCUUCUGGAUGCGAACGGCAACCCAAUCUGGGCCGGGUAUGUGUUCGUCCGACCGCACAAGAAGUGCACACACGAUAGUUACGUGUUAAUGAAAACGGGCAUCAACCUCUCCAAUUACAGCACAAUCCCGGAGGAACUGCUCGAACAAGUUGCUGCGGCGUCUCAAGAGUUCGGGGAAAAAAACGAUAUUUUCCUCCAUCAAAAAAACUGCGUAGAAGGGCAUCCGUACUGAAGAUGGUAAAUCUGGGACCCGGGCAUCCGUACUGCGGAGAAGAUUCCAGUAACACCACAUACGCGCCGCACCAGGGCCAGGAGGAAAAAGGGGUUCUUUGCGCAUUUUGUCACCGUUAACUUCCAGGGGAAGUUCCAGUCUGCGCAGCGCGAUAUGAUCCUGCAGCAUUUUUGUGACGCUCAUUUACGUGGUGGCCCUCGGUUGGACGGUAUUUGUGCAAGCGAGUUUUCGUACGAUGCGGCAGGUGCCGAUGAGUGCCCGCCCGACGCCUACUCCACGUCCAUCGACCCGGAUUCCCGUUGGCUUGUUCUUUGGAUUAACGGCGCUGCCAUCGUCCUGUUUAACCGCAAGUGGAUCAAAGAAAUCUUGCGCGGGAAUUUUCGUGUUCAUUCUCAGCCCCGCGUCAUCGGCCUGCGGCUUCCAUACAUCGCGAUAUGCAGUGCCUACGCCCCGGCAGACGGCAGUAAGAAAGGGGGCGGCGUGUCCUUAGCCUUCGACGAGUUUCAGGCCCACCUCUCGACUGUUCUCGAAAAAGUUCGCAGCCUAACGAGCUGUAGCUGCUCUUCUGGUACAAGACGUUCGCGUUGCAGUUCUUGUCGAUGUACUCAAGAUCAAGUCGUACUCGUUGUAGUUCUGCCCUUCCUGUACUCAAGAUCAAGUCCUCCGUUAAAGCCUCCGCAAGUACUAGCGUCUCUGCUCGGAGGGGUUUGA